AUGGAGUCCUCGCCGCUGGCUGAGAUCGUCAAAACCCUUGCUGGCAUCCACCAGAUGCAACAUCAGGCCAUCCUGGAGCUGCAGUCAGAGCAAGAACAAUGGUUCCAGGCCCUGUUGCAAUCCCAGAUCACGCUGAUGAAAAUGGGAACACAGGAGGACCCAGAAGCCUUCAUAGCAUGCCACGGAGGGGUUGGAGUGGUCCAGCGUGCAGUGGGUGGUCCGUCUGUUGCUGCUGUUGUUGGUGGAGGCUCAGCUUGCGGCACAACAGCUACCUGUCAUGAGUUUGCUGGAGUUGGUAAAUCAGGUGCCGCAGGUGUGGAGAUAAAGUCUGGGCUAAUGUGCUGGUGCUGUGGGGACCAGAAAUAUGUCACUCACUCUUCCAGAGAGGCUGUCAAAUGCAGAAUGGGCUUUGGCUUUGGCAUUUAUGCUGAGGAGUUGGUCUGGGAGCUCCAUGGGUGGUGCUAUGAUGAGACCUGUCCCAAACAUCUUUUUCUGUUGGGUCUGGUCAACCCAUACUGUGUUAAGGAGCUGGAUUAUUUUACAAAGUGUGAUUUUGGCAGUGAUUUGGCAACAUUCUGUGAUUGGACCUCCAAGGGACUCAUCAGCACUCAGACAGAAACAGACAUCCAUCCUGUUAGCCCAUCUGGUGCAUUUCAUCUGGAGAGCAAGUCUCUGAGCAUCUCUGAAGACUCCUGUCUGGAGUUCUGGUACCAUAAACCCAGCCAAAAGAGUUCUGAACACAAAGUUUUUCGAGUUGAUGAUAUUCUGCAGACGUUGAUUUGGAGCUCAGAGACUGCUAGGAGUGGAGACUGGAGACAAGUCUAUAUUCCAUUGAUGAGCCACUCUGAUAGCAGCAGAUUCCAGGUUAUUUUUGAGCUCUCACAAGGACUGCACAGUGACUAUGAAAUAUCCUUUAACAGAAUUGGAAUACGGAGGGGACAGUGUGGGGCACAAUGUCAGUCAGGGGCUCAGUUUUGGACCGACGAAACCACUCGUUGCACCUGCACAGAUGAGCAACUCACCUGUUCUCACAUUCCAUUGUCACACGAUGACUCCACCUUUGGCACCUGCCAUGUUGCCUCCGAUCCACACUACACUACUUUUGAUGGGGUCAGCUUCCACUUUGUAGGCCCUUGUACCUAUGUUUUGUCAAGGGUCUGCGACAAGUCUGUGUUGCUUCCUGAAUUUUCAGUGGAGGUACAGAAUGAGCAGAGGGGGGAUUCGCCAGUCUCCUCCAUUCAGCAGGUUAACGUUAACCUACAGGGUCUGAGAGUCACUCUGAUGAGGAGAGAGAGAAGUAGAGUCAUGGUUAAUGGGAUUUUGAGAAAUCUCCCUUUACAUCUGAACGGAAACACAGUCACUGUUUUUGCCCAGGCAGAUGCUGUGGUCCUUCACACACACUUUAAACUGUCCGUCUUCUACAUGCAAUCCGGUGCUGUUCAGGUGAUGGUGCCCAGCCAUUACUCAAACAGAACCUGUGGCAUGUGCGGAAACUUUAAUCAGGUGACAGAGGAUGACUUCAGGGCUCCAGGUGGUUCACUGGUGAGAGAUGCCCAUGUUUUAGGGCAUAGCUGGCUGGCCACUGAUGCUGUGUGUGAGGAGCCUACUAUGCCCAGGGUAUGUUCAGAGACAGAGGAACUGGAGUAUGCCAGCGAAGUGUACUGCGGUGUGCUAACAUCAAAACAGGGGCCAUUCUCGGAGUGCUUGUCAGUUCUCAAUGCAGAAAGCUUUGUGCGAAGCUGUAUGUUCGAUUUGUGUACAUCUCACAAAGAGGCUGAGGCCGUCUGCUAUGCCAUACAAGCCUUCAGUGACGCCUGCAACAAAGUUGGCAUCACUGUUCCUGCCUGGAGAAACUCAACCUUCUGUCCUCUGGUGUGUGGCCCUCACAGCCACCAUAAUGCCUGUGCCAGUGGCUGCCCGGAAACCUGCUCCAGCCUGGAUGUAGCAAGGUUGUGUGGCAUAUGUGAGGAGCGGUGCGAGUGUGACAAUGGCUUCCUGCUCAGUGGAGGAACAUGUGUGCAAGCUGAUGACUGUGGAUGCUGGGUGAACGGACAGCAUUAUGCGGUAAGAGAGACGUUUAUGAAGGGUGAAUGUGAGAGCCUGUGUGAAUGUUUGGGCCACGGGAAUGUCCACUGUUCUCCUGUGACCUGCUUGGCUGAUGAAGUCUGCAUGGUAAAGGACGGGGUCACGGGUUGCUUUCCAUCCAGCCCUGCGACCUGCAGCAUCUACGGUGACCCCCAUUACAUCACCUUUGAUGGCAAGGCAUAUUCCUUUUGGGGCACCUGCAAUUACACCAUAGCAAAGACAUGUGGCCCUAGUACCAUCCAGUUCACAAUAACGGCACGAAAUGAGGGCCAGGAGAACUCUGUGACGUCUUCUCUUAACUCCAUAGCUCUUGAUAUGGAAGGCCUUAACCUUGUCAUCAGGAAGAACAGACUGGUUUAUGUAAACGGUGAUCAGGUCAGUCUCCCUGUAGAGUUUAUUUCCUCGAUGAUGGUAUAUCAGUCUGGACCCUACGUUCGUGUUGAUACAAACUUCGGUCUGCGGUUGCUUUUUGAUGGAAACAAGCGGCUGUUCGUGCAGGUGGAUGAGCGCUACAGGGGUGUGACAUGUGGCCUGUGCGGUACUUACUCCGGAAGCCAGUUUGAUGACUUUCUGAAGCCUGACGGCAACAUAGUUGCACACCCACACGAAUUCGCCAGCAGCUGGAAUACCAACGACAGUGACUGGCCUUGCAGCAAUGGCUCUCCAGAUCCCCUAGUGUGUCAUCCAGACCUUGAGAAUGCUGCAUUUACAGAGUGCAGUGCUCUUUUUGGAGAUGCUUUCAGUGAGUGCCACUGGUUCGUUCCUCCACAGAUCUAUGUCAGCAGCUGCAUCUCUGAUUACUGCACCUCCCAGGGGGACAAAGCACAGCUAUGCACCUCUUUGGAAGACUAUGUGUCAGCAUGUGCAUUGGCUGAGGUAUUUCUGACAGACUGGAGGAAUCACACCUUGUGUUAUACAGCUCCCCAUCCUUCACCACUGCCAACAGACACACCCAAAUCAACCUUAUCUCCUGCAAGUUGCCUGUGGAGCUGUAACUUUGACCAGGAUGAAUGUGGGUGGGAACAACUUAUCCAAGACAGUUUUGAUUGGACUAGAUGGUCAGGGUCAACGCCAUCAGACCUCACUGGGCCUAGCAGUGACCACACCACAGGAAAUGGCUCCUACAUGUAUAUUGAGGGGGACAGUGUGGUCCAUGGUGACUCAGCCCGUAUGAGUAGUCCAGUCUGCAACACUCCCGGCAAGCAGUGCGUGAGCUUCUGGUAUCACAUGUACGGCCUUGCAAAUGCUAUGUCACUAAACCUUUACCUCUUUGCGAACAACCGCGCUGUCAAAAUAUGGUCCAGAUCCAACAACCAGGGCAACCACUGGUACCAAGACAGGGUUGAAAUCAAACCACAACAACCAUUCCAGUUAAUCGUGGAAGGCAUCAGAGGUUCUGAUCCUCGCUCGGAUGUGGCCAUAGAUGAUGUGACCAUAACAUUUGGUUCAUGUGAAUAUUCCUCCACAGAAGAUUUUGGCUCGACCACUCUGGCACCCCCUCUGAACAGUUCAAACUCAAACAACCCCCAUCCAGUUUGUAGCAUCAACUGUGAUUUUGAAAGUGAUAUCUGCAGUUGGACUCAGUUGUUGACUGACGUCUUUGAUUGGACAAGACACACAGGCUCCACCCCCUCAUCAAUGACUGGUCCCUCCUCUGACCACACAACAGGAAGUGGUUUUUACAUCUACAUCGAGGGUGACAGUGCGCUUCAAGGCGACACAGCCCGUCUCCUCAGUUUAGAAUGUGCAGACCCUCAACCUCAAUGUCUACAGUUUUGGUAUCACAUUUACGGUACUAGCAGCACUAUGGGACUGAGGGUCUACAUGUUCGAGGAUAAUGUGUCCCAGGAGGUAUGGAGGAGAAGAGAAAACCAUGGAGACAUUUGGCACCGUGCACUGGUAAACCUGAGUCCAAAGACUAAAUUCCAGGUCAUCUUUGAGGGGCAUAUAGGAACCACAGCCCUGUCAGAUGUUGCCAUUGAUGAUGUCUCUCUGCAUAGAGGAACCUGUGAUGAUUUAAUAAGCCAGGUGACUCUAUCACCUGGAUCUCAGGUGUCAUUGCCACCAGCUUCAACAACGCUACAACCAACACCCAUCCAAACUACUACUACAACCAGACUCAUCCGACCUGCCACCACAACUGUCAAAACUACAGGUGCACCUGUGCAAACUACAGUCAGGGCCAUCCAACCUAUAGACAUAACAAACUCCCCAGCACCAAUUUGUAGCAUCAACUGUGACUUUGAAAGUGAUAUCUGCAGUUGGACUCAGUUGCUGACUGAUGUCUUUGAUUGGACAAGACACACAGGCUCCACCCCAUCACCAAUGACUGGUCCAUCCUUUGACCACACAACAGGAAGUGGUUUUUACAUCUACAUCGAGGGUAACAGUGCAACUCAUGGUGACACGGCUCGUCUCCUCAGUUCAGAAUGUGCUGACCCUCAACCACAGUGUCUGCAGUUUUGGUACCACAUUUACGGUAACAGCAGCACUAUGGGACUGAGCGUCUAUCUGCUGGAGGGCAAUGUGGCCCAAGAGGUGUGGAGGAGAAAAGAAAACCAAAGAGACACGUGGCACUGUGCACUGGUAAACCUGAGUCCAAAGGCUAAGUUUCAGGUCAUCUUUGAGGGUCGGAUAGGAAGCACAGCCCUGUCAGAUGUUGCUAUUGAUGAUGUCUCUCUGCACAGAGGAACCUGUGAUGAUUUAAACCAGGUGAAUCCAUCACCUACACCUCAGUGGUCAACAAAUAAUCCAGUGACCCCUCCAGUGGGAAAUGUAACGGUACAAUUGCCACCAACUUCAACAACACUACAAACCACAGUCACAGCUCUCCAAACUACAAACGCACCCAUUGCUAACACAGAUAAUUGUAUCCCAACAACACCUGAACUUGUCCAAACUACAGCUGCCACUGUACAAACUACAGCUAUACCAAGCCACACUACAGUUGGACCCAUCCAAACUACAGUUGCACCAGUCAAUACCACAGCCGAACCCAUUCAGUCUACAGCCACACCAAUCAAAACUACAGCCACACCCAUUCAAACCACAGCCAAACCCAUCCAAACCACUGUCAAACCCAUCCAAACCACAGCCGAAUCCAUCCAAACCACAGUCAAACCUAUCCAAACCACAGCUGCACCUGUCCAAACCACAGUCGCACCCGUCCAAACCACAGUCAAACCCAUCCAAACUACAGCUGCACCCAUCCAGACUACAGGCGUUCCCAUAUCAACGCCCUCUUGCCCCGCAAACAGUCAUAACACUGACUGUGUCCCUGCCUGCCAGCCCACUUGUGCACACCUGCACGGCCCUCCUGACUGCAACACUGAUGAGCCAUGUGUGCAGGGCUGUGUGUGUGAUGAUGGCUUUGUGCUUAAACAUCGUAUGUGUGUGCCCAUCCGUGAAUGCGGUUGCCAAGACAGCCAUGGAAAUAACCACUAUUUUGGCAAAGUUUGGUACGACAACCAUUGCUCACAGAGGUGUCAGUGUGAGGAAGUGAAUGAUGAAGGGGAAAUACAGUGUGAAGAAUAUGAAUGUGAUAAAGAUGAGAUAUGUUACAUGACUGUGCAGGGAGAAUACAGUUGUUGGGAGACUGAUUUCAACAAGUGCAAAAUCGAUGAUAACCCUGAAUACAAAACUUUCGACAACAUGAAGCACAAGUUCAAGGGCAAGCGUUCUUACAUCCUGGUCCAAACCAACGCCCUGCCCAGCAACAUUCAGGAUGUUUAUGUGGUCGGCAUCAACGAAAAAAUCAAUGACAAGAGCAGCGUGGAGGAUGACAGUAGUGAGGAGGACGAUGAUAAUGAUGGUCGUGUCCAUGCUCUCAGAAUCAGAGUUUAUAACCACACCUUGGAGUUUAAAAAGGGCCGUAAAAUCACAGUGGAUGGUUUGAGUGUUAAACCUCCUGUCUCCCCUUGUGAAGGGAUAAAGAUUUGGGAACGUUCUUCCCGGUUCUAUCUGAAGACUGACUUUGGACUCUCUGUUGAGUUUAAUGGCAAAGGCAAAGCAGAUAUCACUCUUCCCCAAACAUAUAAAAGGAUGAUUGGAGGUCUUUGUGGAAAUUUUGAUGGCAGCAGCAAAAAUGACAUGAUGAAGCCAAAUGGGGAGCAGGCAAAGAAUGUGAAAGAGUUUGGAGAGAGCUGGAGGGUAACAGUUGACAAAAUCACAAUCAGACAGAGGCGGUCCUCACUUCUACAUGCAUGGCUUCGGGCUUGAUCUAAAAUGUUUACUUCAUACAAGAUGAAUGAUCAGCUGACAGCACAGUCAUCUGUCAAUGGACCUCUACUGGCAUCAUACCUGACGAAAUAUUCGGACUCGCUUUAGCUAGGUAUCACUUUGUUCGUGUUGUUUUUAUUCAUUUAACUAAUUAGUUUCCUAACAUGUCGUACAACAAAUGUCAUUUCUGCUAAUAAUGAAAUGAGCAGAUAAGUGUUGCUUUCUCCUAAUGCAAUUUGACUGGACAAAGACAACAUGUAAAUAUUCUUCUAUAUGACUGAAAUCUA